CAGCCAGGCUGGGAGGCUGAGAAGGAAGCAGUGAAGGAGUGGAUGAGACAACAGCUCCAGGGGGACGGUGUACUCUCAUUUCAUUGGAGCACGUGUAUUUUUAGCUCUUCGUUCCAACUCUAUCACUUUACACUUUUCUUUUCCACUCUGUCUUUGGUGGAGGCUAGCCAUGGGCACCGGUGUGAACAGGUUUCUGUGGUCAGUGCUGCUGCUGCUGCCAGUCUUGGGGCUCUCUGAGGCUCUGCUGGAGAGCUGGAAGCCAGAGAAUUAUCAGAACACCACAGACGACGCACUCAGGUUCCUCAGUGACUACAACAGCAGCACUGCUGAAGAGGUGUUGUUCUCCAGUGUCUCCGCCAGCUGGAACUACAACACCAACAUCACAGAUCACAACUCCAAGCUUCAGGUAAAGGCAUCCCUUGAAGAGCAGGCCUUCUCCUCAGCAUGGGGUUUAAAGGCCAAGCAGGUCUUCUCUAGUCAGAUUCUUGAAGCACUCAACCCUUCAGACAAGAAACUGUUGGACAAGAUCAUGAUACUGGGAGCUGCCAACCUGCCCGAGAAUGAAAGACUAAAGUAUAACAUUCUCAGCACCAUGGACGACAUUUAUUCAACAUCCAAAGUAUAUCCAGAGCCAAACGUAAGCUGGAGCCUGGAUCCUGAGCUCACAGAUAUCAUGGCCAAGUCCAGGAGCUACAAGAGGCUGCUGUAUGUGUGGGAGGGCUGGCGCAAUGCCUCAGGUGUACCUCUCAGGGAGUACUACCCGGAGUUUGUGGAGCUCAGCAACAAAGCCUCUCGAGCUGAUGGGUUUGCGGACACUGGAGCUUACUGGCGCUCUUGGUAUGAGUCUAAAACCUUUGAGGAGGAUAUAGAGGAAAUCUACAGGACCAUUGAACCCCUCUACCAGCAUCUGCACGCCUUUGUGCGUCGCCAGCUCUACAAUCAGUACGGUCCCAAAUACAUCAACCUUAAAGGACCCAUCCCUGCCCACCUGUUAGGAAAUAUGUGGGCCCAGACCUGGAGCAAUAUUUACGGCAUGAUUAUCCCAUUUCCUGACAAACCCAACUUGGAUGUUACUGAUGAAAUGGUCAAAAAAGGCUAUAAUGCCACACACAUGUUUCGUGUUGCUGAGGAGUUCUUCACGUCUUUGGGUUUAGAGAAGAUGCCUGAUGAGUUCUGGGAUGAAUCCAUGCUGGUGAAGCCUGAGGAUCGAGAGGUGGUGUGCCAUGCUUCUGCCUGGGAUUUUAAGAACCGCAAAGACUUUAGGAUAAAGCAGUGCACCGCAGUAACGAUGGAGCAGCUCUUUACUGUACACCAUGAAAUGGGGCAUAUCCAGUACUACCUGCAGUACAAGGACCAGCCUGUGGGCUACCGUGACGGAGCCAAUCCUGGUUUUCAUGAGGCUAUUGGCGAUGUUUUGUCUCUCUCUGUGUCCACACCCAAACAUCUGCAAACCAUUCAUCUGCUGGAUAGUGUGACCAAUGACAUCGAAACUGAUACUAACUACCUAUUGAAGAUGGCUCUGGAGAAGAUAGCCUUCCUUCCUUUUGGCUACCUUAUUGACCAGUGGAGGUGGGGUGUGUUCAGUGGACGUACACCUCCAGAUCGCUACAACGCUGAUUGGUGGUACCUCAGGACAAAAUACCAAGGCAUCUGCCCACCUACCAGGCGUACAGAGGAGCACUUUGAUGCUGGGGCAAAAUACCACAUCCCUUCAAACACGCCAUACAUCAGGUAUUUUUUCAGCUAUGUCCUGCAGUUCCAGCUUCAUGAAAAACUCUGUGAGGCAGCCAACCAAACAGGUCCCUUGCACAGAUGUGACAUCUACCAGUCCAAAGAAGCAGGAAAUUUUAAAUAAUACAAUUUCAUUCUAACCCCCUCCAGGAAAAUUCUAGAGGCAGGCUCCUCCAAACCUUGGCCUGAAGUGCUCCAGGAUGCUAUAGGGACCAACAGGUUGGAUGCCAGCUCACUGAUGAAAUACUUUGACCCCAUUAUUAAGUGGCUGGAAAAGCAAAAUGUGGACGAGACAUUGGGAUGGCCUGACAGCAACUGGGUCCCACCCAUCCCUGAGGGCUACCCUGAGGAUUUGACUGGAACACAGAUGAGGUUGAUGCAAAGACAUUUCUGGACAAGUAAAAAAACACACCUUGGUGUUGUGGAACACCUAUACCUUAAGAAGAACCUGGAGAUGUCAUCCCAUACCCUGAAGUAUGGACAGAAGGCCCAUCAGUACGACACCACUGAGGACGGCUCGGUCAAACGCAUGAUCAAAAAACGGCACGACAGGAAGAGGAUCAAACAGUGCACUAUGGAUGACCUGAUCACGGCGCACCAUGAGAUGGGCCAGAACAGCCCGUGUCCUUCUGCAAUAGAACAACAGAAGCUUGCUGAAUGUGCUGGCUGCAGCACUGCUCAGGUGUACAAUAUUUUAAGCCUUCUCAACCUUCAGCCUUCAAUCCCAUCACCCCCCUCCCCUUUCAUUCUCCUGUCCCCUCUCUCUUUCAUUCCCCCCGUCUCUAUUCCUCCCCCUACCUCUGUUGUCACUAAGCUGAAGGAGGGAGCUGAGAGCAAACUCUUCCUUCCAACUCUAUCACUUUACACUUUUUCUUCUCCACUCUUUCUUUGGUGGAGGCUAGCCAUGGGCACCGGUGUGAACAGGUUUCUGUGGUCAGUGCUGCUGCUGCUGCCAGUCUUGGGGCUCUCUGAGGCUCUGCCAGACAGCUGGAAGCCAGGGAAUUAUCAGAACACCACAGACGACGCACUCAGGUUCCUCAGUGACUACAACAGCACUGCUGAAGAGGUGUUGUUCUCCAGUGUCUCCGCCAGCUGGAACUACAACACCAACAUCACAGAUCACAACUCCAAGCUUCAGGUAAAUGCAUCCCUUGAAGAGCAGGCCUUCUCCUCAGCAUGGGGUUUAAAGGCCAAGCAGGUCUUCUCUAGUCAGAUUCUCAAAGCACUCAACCAUUCAGACCAGAAACUGUUGGACAAGAUCAUGAUACUGGGAGCUGCCAACCUGCCCGAGAAUGAAAGACAAAAGUAUAACACAAUUCUCAGCACCAUGGACAACAUUUAUUCAACAUCCAAAGUAUAUCCAGAGCCAAACGUAAGCUGGAGCCUGGAACCUGAGCUCACAGAUAUCAUGGCCAACUCCAGGAGCUACAAGAGGCUGCUGUAUGUGUGGGAGGGCUGGCACAAUGCCUCAGGUGUACCUCUCAGGGAGUACUACCCGGAGUUUGUGGAGCUCAGCAACAAAGCCUCUCGAGCUGAUGGGUUUGCGGAUACUGGAGCUGACUGGCGCUCUUGGUAUGAGUCUAAAACCUUUGAGGAGGAUAUAGAGGGACUCUACAGGACCAUUGAACCCCUCUACCAGCAUCUGCACGCCUUUGUGCGCCGGAAGCUCUACAACCAGUACGGUCCCAAAUACAUCAACCUAAAAGGACCCAUCCCUGCCCACCUGUUAGGAAAUAUGUGGGCCCAGACCUGGAAUAAUAUUUAUGGCAUGAUGAUCCCAUUUCCUGACAAACCCAACUUGGAUGUGACUGAUGAAAUGGUCAAACAAGGCUAUAAUGCCACGCACAUGUUUCGUGUUGCCGAAGAGUUCUUUACAUCUUUGGGUUUAGAGAAGAUGCCUGAUGAGUUCUGGGAUGAAUCCAUGCUGGUGAAGCCUGACAAUCGAGAGGUGGUGUGCCAUGCUUCUGCCUGGGAUUUUUAUAACCGCAAAGACUUUAGGAUAAAGCAGUGCACAACAGUAACGAUGGAACAGCUCUUUACUGUACACCAUGAAAUGGGGCAUAUCCAGUACUACCUGCAGUACAAGGACCAGCCUGUGGGCUACCGUCGUGGAGCCAAUCCCGGUUUUCAUGAGGCUAUUGGCGAUGUUUUGUCUCUCUCUGUGUCCACACCCAAACAUCUGCAUACCAUAGAUCUGCUGGACAGUGUGACCAAUGACAUUGAAACUGAUACUAACUACCUAUUGAAGAUGGCUCUGGAGAAAAUAGCCUUCCUUCCUUUUGGCUACCUUAUUGACCAGUGGAGGUGGGGUGUGUUCAGUGGACGUACACCUCCAGAUCGCUACAACGCUGACUGGUGGUACCUCAGGACAAAAUACCAAGGCAUCUGCCCACCUACCAGGCGUACAGAGGAGCACUUUGAUGCUGGGGCAAAAUACCACAUCCCUGGAAACACGCCGUACAUCAGGUAUUUUGUCAGCUUCAUCCUGCAGUUCCAGCUUCAUGAAAAACUCUGUGAGGCAGCCAAUCAAACAGGUCCCUUGCAUAGAUGUGACAUCUACCAGUCCAAAGACGCAGGAGCAAUUUUAAAGAAAAUUCUAGAGGCGGGCUCCUCCAAACCUUGGCCUGAAGUGCUCCAGGAUGCUAUAGGGACCAACAGGUUGGAUGCCAGCUCACUGAUGAAAUACUUUGACCCCAUUAUUAAGUGGCUGGAAAAGCAAAAUGUUGGCGAGACAUUGGGAUGGCCUGACUUCAACUGGGUCCCACCCAUCCCUGAGGGCUACCCUGAGGAUAUUGACAAGAACACAGACGAGGUUGAUGCAAAGAAGUUUCUGGACGAGUACAACAGCACAGCCGAGGUGGUGUGGAAUGCUUAUACUGAGGCCUCCUGGAAGUACAACACUGACAUCAAUGAAGCCAAUAAGGAGGCGAUGCUUAAGAAGAACCUUGAGAUGUCAGCCCAUACCCUGAAGUAUGGACAGCGGGCCCGUCAGUAUGACACCACUGACUUCCAGGACGGCUCGGUCAAACGCAUCGUCAAAAAACUCAGCGAUAUUGAGAGGGCCGCGCUGCCCUCAACACAACUGGAAGAGUACAACACUCUCCUAUCCAACAUGGAGACCAAAUACAGUGUGGCUGAGGUGUGCAGAGAGAAUGGAACGUGCCACCCAUUGGACCCAGAUCUCCAGAAGAUCAUGGCAGAGUCCAGGGAUUAUGACGAGCUGUUGUUUGCCUGGAAAGGAUGGAGAGAUGCUGCUGGCAAAGUGCUGCGCUCUGAUUACAAGAGAUAUGUUGAACUGGCCAACACAGCUGCCAAACUCAAUGGUCACACUGAUAAUGGGGCUUUCUGGCGUUCCCUGUAUGAAACCCCCACCUUUGAGCAAGACCUGGAGGCUCUGUGGAAGGAGUUGGAGCCGCUAUACUUAAAUGUGCAUGCCUAUGUCCGCAGGGCUCUGUAUAAAAAGUAUGGUUCCAAGUAUAUCAACCUGAAGGGACCCAUUCCAGCUCAUUUGCUGGGCAACAUGUGGGCACAGACGUGGUCUGGCAUCAUGGAUUUGGUCAUUCCCUAUCCACACGCUACGCAGGUUGAUGCCACUCCUGCAAUGGUUGCACAGGGCUGGAAUGCUAUCAAAAUGUUCCAGGAAUCAGACAAGUUUUUCACAUCUCUGGGUCUGCUGCCAAUGCCACCAGAGUUCUGGGAGAAGUCCAUGCUGGAGAAGCCAUCUGAUGGACGCCAGGUGGUGUGCCACGCCUCUGCAUGGGAUUUCUAUAACCGAAAAGACUUCAGGAUCAAACAGUGCACAGUUGUGACUAUGGAUGAUCUGAUCACGGUGCACCAUGAAAUGGGCCAUGUCCAGUACUUCCUGCAGUAUAAAGAACAGCCUGUGUCCUUCCGUGAUGGAGCCAACCCCGGUUUCCAUGAAGCCAUUGGCGAUGUGCUAGCCCUGUCUGUCUCCACUCCCAAACAUCUGCAGAGCAUCGGCCUCCUGGAUAAAGUUGAAAACAAUCGCGAGAGUGAAAUCAACUUCCUGAUGAGCAUGGCGCUUGACAAGAUUGCCUUCCUACCUUUUGGCUACCUAAUGGAUCAGUGGAGGUGGAAGGUAUUUGAUGGACGCAUCCCAUCAUCUGAAUACAAUAAAGAGUGGUGGAACCUCAGAAUGAAGUACCAGGGGUUGUGUCCACCGGUAACCCGCACUGAGGAUGACUUCGACCCAGGUGCAAAGUUCCACAUCCCUGCUAAUGUGCCAUAUGUGAGGUACUUUGUUAGCUUCGUCAUCCAGUUUCAGUUCCACAAGGCUCUGUGUAAUGCUGCCAAGCAUGAUGGACCUCUGCAUAACUGUGACAUCUACAAGUCUAAAGAAGCUGGGAAGCUGCUGGGUGAUGUGAUGAAGCUGGGCUUCAGUAAGCCUUGGCCAGAGGCUAUGACCAUGAUCACUGGCCAACCCAAAAUGAGUGCCCAGCCUCUCAUGGAGUAUUUCAAACCUCUCAUUGACUGGCUAGAGGAAGAGAACAACAAGAACAACGAUAUUCGCGGGUGGCCAGAGUACGACUGGAAACCUUCAAGUGAAGGUAAGGCCAAAGUGGACUUCUUGGGUAUGAGUGUGGAAGGUGCAGCUGCCAUAGCUGGCCAGUGGGUCCUGUUGGUGAUUGGUUUAGUCCUCUUGGUGGCCACCAUCCUAUUGGCCUACAAGUACAGAAAGUCAAAAAAGUCUAAAAGGUCCUUAUCCACGAUGGAGCUCAAACAAAAGGACUAGUCGUCGGUGAUGGCUAACUGUCACUCACACAGUACCAACCUCAAUGUGAACAUCAGUGUUUUUGUGUGCUGUACAGUAUGUCUGAUCAAAUCUGUUUUUCCUUUUGUUCUGCCUCCUUGUCUAGUCUUGUAUAUUUAUUGUAAACACUUUGAGUAAAAUUAAUUUUUGCCUAUGCAAAAGAACAUGACAGUUUUAUAA